GGGGUUUGGUUUGGUGCCCUGUGAUUUCUGGAGAGGCUGAGCCAGCCAGCUGUAAAAAUGCUACACAAGACAAGAGCUGGUAAGUCAACACAAAGUCAAAAGCAAAAGAAAGGGGUUCACACCGCAGUGUGGCAGGCAUUCUCCCUCCUCCCCUCAUCCUGUUGUGACUGCACCUGCUGCAUGUGACCGGCGGGCACUGGAGGCAGCCGCAGCCACAGCCUUGCCAGUUCCUUCUCGGCUCUCAUUGAGAAAAGGGGAGAUGGAGCAGGAGGAGAGGGAGGAGACACUCUCUGCAAAGCUGCCUCCCCUGCCCCCGAAGAUCGAAGGAGCCUCCUGGAAUGGGCAUUCGACUGUUCUGAUGUGGUGAUUCCCCCGGGAGUUUGAAGACAGAAGGGAAAAGGGAGAAGCCUGCAGAGAGCAUCAAAGGAUGAGGGGUGCUAUAAAAGGAGCAGGGGAGUCCUUUGAAAGAAAUCCAUCAUGCACUGAAAUGCUUUCUGGAGAAGGUGCCAUUAUUUUCCUCCCCUCUUGCUCAGAUGAAAGGAGCCAGCAAGGAGAGUCCUGAAAUAUUCCUCAGGGGCCUUUUUGUCAUUGUUCCUCUUUCCUUUUGCACAGGGCUAUUUGCUGACCUUUCCAGAGGAAUCUCAGUCCAGCUGAGAAGACAGUUCUUAAUAAAAAAAAAAAAAUACAAAAACCAAUUCCUGCUGUCUGAAUGGGAAUGGUAGCUUGCUUGCUGCAGUUCUUUUCCUGUGGCAUUUUGGAAUGUCUGCAGAAACUCAAAAAAAAAAAAAACCAAAAAACCAAAACCUUAAAAACUCCCUGGAUUAGGCAAGAGAAAAGGAAGUUUUUUGCCAAAAAGGAGUAAAUGAGAGGUAGUAACUUAUUCCUAAGCCAGGACCUGGAUGAUCAAAACCUUCGAGUUCUAGGAAUCAGCACUUCAAAAAUAAUAAAUAAACAAGCAUGAGGAGUGGCUGCAGGGUUUUGCUCAGAGGCAGAUUUUAAAGGAAGCCAAAACCGGGUUCAGAACUUCGGGCCUGUAUGAUGCCUGAAGACCGGAAUUCUGGGGGACGCCCCGCUGGUGCCUUAGCCUCAACUCCUUUCAUCCCUAAAACUACAUACAGAAGAAUCAAACGGUGUUUUAGUUUUCGGAAAGGCAUUUUUGGACAGAAACUGGAGGAUACUGUUCGUUAUGAGAAGAGAUAUGGGAACCGUCUGGCUCCAAUGUUGGUGGAGCAGUGCGUGGACUUUAUCAGACAAAGGGGGCUGAAAGAAGAGGGUCUCUUUCGACUGCCGGGCCAGGCUAAUCUCGUUAAGGAGCUUCAAGAUGCCUUUGACUGUGGGGAGAAGCCAUCAUUUGACAGCAACACAGAUGUACACACGGUGGCAUCACUUCUUAAGCUGUAUCUCCGAGAACUUCCAGAACCAGUUAUUCCUUAUGCGAAGUAUGAAGAUUUUUUGUCAUGUGCCAAACUGCUCAGCAAGGAAGAGGAAGCAGGUGUUAAGGAAUUAGCAAAGCAGGUGAAGAGUUUGCCAGUGGUAAAUUACAACCUCCUCAAGUAUAUUUGCAGGUUCUUGGAUGAAGUACAGUCCUAUUCGGGAAUUAACAAAAUGAGUGUGCAGAACUUGGCAACUGUCUUUGGUCCUAAUAUCCUGCGCCCCAAAGUAGAAGAUCCUUUGACUAUCAUGGAGGGCACUGUGGUGGUCCAGCAGUUGAUGUCAGUGAUGAUUAGCAAACAUGACUGCCUCUUUCCCAAAGACGCAGAACUACAGAGCAAGCCCCAAGAUGGAGUUAGCAACAACAAUAAUGAAAUUCAAAAGAAAGCCACCAUGGGGCAGUUACAGAACAAGGAGAACAAUAACACCAAGGACAGCCCUGGUAGGCGGUGCUCCUGGGACAAGUCUGAGUCACCCCAGAGAAGCAGCAUGGACAAUGGAUCCCCCACUGCUCUAUCAGGCAGCAAAACCAACAGCCCAAGGAGCAGCGUUCACAAGCUAGAUGUGUCCAGAAGCCCCCCUCUCAUGGUCAAAAAGAACCCAGCUUUUAAUAAGGGUAGUGGGAUAGUUACCAAUGGGUCCUUCAGCAGCAGCAAUGCAGAAGGUCUUGAGAAAACCCAAAUCACCCCCAAUGGGAGCCUACAAGCCAGAAGGAACUCUUCACUGAAGGGAUCUGGUACCAAAAUGGGCACACACAGUGUACAGAAUGGAACAGUGCGCAUGGGCAUUUUGACCAGCGACACACUCGGGAAUCCCGCAAAUGGUCGAAACAUGAGCUGGCUGCCAAAUGGCUAUGUGACCCUGAGGGAUAACAAGCAGAAAGAACAAGCUGGAGAGUCAGGCCAGCACAACAGACUGUCCACCUAUGAUAACGUCCAUCAACAGUUCUCCAUGAUGAACCUUGAUGACAAGCAGAGCAUCGACAGCGCCACCUGGUCCACUUCCUCCUGUGAAAUCUCCCUCCCCGAGAACUCCAACUCUUGUCGCUCUUCCACCACCACCUGCCCAGAGCAAGACUUUUAUGGGGGGAACUUUGAGGACCCUGUUUUGGAUGGGCCUCCACAGGAUGACCUCUCCCACCCCAGGGACUAUGAAAGCAAAAGUGACCACAGGAGUGUAGGAGGUCGAAGUAGUCGUGCCACCAGCAGCAGUGACAACAGUGAGACAUUUGUUGGUAACAGCAGCAGCAACCACAGUGCACUGCACAGUUUAGUUUCCAGCCUGAAACAGGAAAUGACCAAACAGAAGAUAGAGUAUGAGUCCAGGAUAAAGAGCUUAGAACAGCGAAACUUGACUUUGGAAACAGAAAUGAUGAACCUCCAUGAUGAACUGGAUCAGGAGCGAAAAAAGUUCACAAUGAUAGAAAUAAAAAUGCGAAAUGCCGAGCGAGCAAAAGAAGAUGCCGAGAAAAGAAAUGACAUGCUACAGAAAGAAAUGGAGCAGUUUUUCUCCACGUUUGGAGAGCUGACUGUGGAACCCAGGAGAACCGAGAGAGGAAACACAAUAUGGAUCCAGUGAGCCUGCUUCCUCCUGCUGUCUCUGAUGGCUCUGGGAAGGACUCCAGAGAUUCUGGGGGGAGAUGACUUAGAACCAGGUGGCUGGUCACCUGGAUGUACAGAGGUCUAACUGGUGAAGGAAUAUCAUUUACAGACAUUAGCCAUCCAUAUCUGCAAUGUGUACCAAAGUUAUAUCAUGCCCCAUAAUGCUACUGUCAAGUGUUACAACUGGAUAUGUGUAUAUAGAGUAGUUUUUCAAAAGUAAACUAAAAAAUGAGAAGCAUAUUUCAAGAAUUAUUUUAUUGUAAGUCUUGUAUUUAAAAUGUUAAAUCAAUAUGUUGCUGCAAUUUAGCUUGCUUUCAAGCUUCACCCCUUGCACUUAACAUAAGCUAUUUUUGGCAUUGUGUUAUCAUCAGCUUAUUUUAUAGAUCAAUAUUUUUAUUUCCCUUUUUGCUGAGGAAAUGAAGAUAAGCAAAAAUAUAAAUAUAUAUAAAUAUAUGAGUUAUUAAAAUAAAAAGAAUA